UAAAAAACAUAAAUACAUAUAUUUGAAACUUAAUCUUUAUCAGUGUUUCACAGCAACUCAGUUUGUCAGGGUUAGCAGAAUGUCAUGGUGAACAUUAUACUUGUAUAGUUCCUGAUGUGAUAGUAGAGCGGCGCACAGAUGUUGCACGUGCCCCAGGUGUCCACGUGGGGGCGGUACUGCCUCCACUUUGCCGCCGCUGCCUUGGAAACGCACGGCCGGAGAGAGACAGCGUCACCACUUCCUGGAGCUCACGUUGCUGCUGACAUCAGAGGCGCAGCUCCGGGGAGAAUGUCAGCUCCCCCCCCCCUCGCUGUAGUGUGUGGAGACAAGCGGAGAGCAAGCUGGAAAAAAAACUUUUCUCCGAGGCACGCCGACCGCUGCGGCUCGUUCAUGUGUUGUUGAAGCGCUUCUCUUGGAUUAUGCACUCGGGAGAAGAAGAGACCUUCCUGCCUUGAACGCAGCUUCUCGGGUUUGUGAUUUCUGCGCUUCAGCACAGAGCGCAGUUUCCGGAUAUCAGCUCAGUUGGAAGAUUUUUUUUUUUUUUUUUUUUUUUUUUGUGGUCUGCAUCUGUUGGGAUUUUCUCUUUUCUUUUUUCCCCCCCUUCCGCUCUUCCUGUCGACUAUCUCUCAGAACUUGAACUCAUCUUCCAAAAAAUCGUGCAGCCACAACGAGAACAUGGAGACAUUCAGAUAACAAGGAUGAAAUCUUCGCUUGCAGAGAGAAUUUGAGCUCCGUGCUCGAGUUCAACGGUGCCACUUCCUGAUGAUGACAGUAAACAUGGAUGACGGUCUCCAAAAUGGACCGGGACAGCACAGAAACUCACAAGAUGACGAGGAGGCGCUCAACUCCAUCAUGAAGGACCUGGCCGCCUUGGGUCGCUGCUACACCCAGCACAACAGCCACAAGCCCAAGAACAGAACCUUACUCUACAAACAGGAUUUAAGAGUCAAGCUGGAGCAUGAGAGAGAAAAACGGAUCAUCCCGUUCCAGAGGCCGCUGAAGAUCAAAGAGCUGCUGCAGAAAGUGACAGAGGCCUUUGGCCAGCAGAUGGACAUGUUCUUCAUGGAGAAAGAGUUGCUGCUGCCCCUGAAGACCCAGGAGGACCUGGAUCAGGCGGUGCUGACGUUGGGCUGCAGCACGGGCACCAACGGGCUGCUCAGGAUACUGCUCAAGACCCCUAAGAACAACCAUUACCUACAAGUGAACAGCAGGGACAAACAGAGCGAGAUGAGGUCAUCGCGGUCACUGGGAGACCUGAAGGGCUCCCUGCUCAAGGGCUCGGAGAGGGUGCGCAAACAUUCGACAGGUUCCCUGCACACCGGUCGGACGUCCCCGCCUCCUGGCAGCGUCCCCGAGGAGCAGCAGCAGAUCGCUCGCCAGGGCUCCUACACCAGCAUCCACAGUGAGGGGGAGUUCAUCCCCGAGACCCACGACCAGAAUAUGCUGGAUCCCUUCGGGAGCGCAGACAACUCACUGUCGAGCAGCUGUCAAUCAAUAGAUCAAGCACUGGACAGUCCUCCUUUCUCACAGAACAACCGUGACAAUAAUUACCUGAACCUCAACUAUGAAUACAAAGGUCGCCACGGGAAAGGAGGGACUUUCCCUCGCCAGUUCCAGUUGCCCAAUCGCAGCAAGGACUACGGAGACCGUCGCAGGACACUUCCGCGCAGCUUCAUGCCGCAGGAGAACCUGUUUCAGCUGGUUCCCUCCAGUCGCACGCGCAGUUAUAAUGGAGACAGCACGCUGCAGUACAGCGACCUGCGCUCGCUGGGCCGCACCGCUGACAAGAGCUGCCAGCGCGGUACAGCCAAGUCGCCGCGGGCGCCAGUCAACUGGCGACAGGGAAAGCUCCUGGGGCGCGGGGCGUUCGGGGAGGUCUACCUCUGUUAUGACGCCGACACAGGCCGCGAGCUGGCCGCCAAGCAGGUGCCCUUUGACCCAGACUGUCAGGAAACCAGCAAGGAGGUGAACGCUUUGGAGUGUGAGAUUCAGCUGCUGAAGAAUCUGCGUCACGAGAGGAUUGUUCAGUACUACGGUUGCCUGCGGGACCUCGAACAGAAGAAACUCACCAUUUUUGUGGAGUUCAUGCCCGGGGGCUCAAUAAAGGACCAGCUGAAAGCUUACGGCGCCCUGACGGAGAAGGUGACGCGGAGAUACACCAGGCAGAUCCUCCAAGGAGUUUCCUACCUGCACAGCAACAUGAUUGUACACAGAGACAUCAAAGGUGCGAACAUCCUGCGAGACUCAUCAGGGAACGUGAAGCUGGGAGACUUUGGAGCCAGCAAACGUAUCCAGACCAUCUGCAUGUCUGGUACUGGAAUCAAGUCCGUCACUGGCACCCCCUACUGGAUGAGCCCGGAGGUCAUCAACGGGGAGGGAUACGGCCGCAAAGCUGAUGUGUGGAGUGUCGCCUGCACCGUCGUGGAAAUGCUGACCCAGAAACCUCCGUGGGCCGAGUACGAGGCCAUGGCAGCCAUUUUUAAAAUUGCCACCCAGCCUACGAAGCCCAUGCUCCCCGACGGUGUGUCCGACGCGUGCAGGGACUUCCUGCGGCAGGUGUUCGUGGAGGAGAAGUGGCGGCCCACCGCGGACGGUCUUCUCAGCCACCCGUUCGUCCAGGGCAGCUUCUGAGGCCGGCGGACCCCAUCUCCCUUCCCCUGCCUGCGAGGCCUUCCGCGGGCCCCGGCGCCCCCCCUCCUCUCCAGCCCGCCCCGUCCCCAGGGCCCAGCAUCACUCCAACUUCCUGCCCUGUCAUCUAUCACCAGUCUCUGCCUUGUCAGGACCCCUGCAUAUCCCAACAGCUAGCUCAACUGGGAUUUCUCAUGGAGAGGCCAGGCUGAUGGCGUCAGUCCUCCAGAGUCCUGCGAGGCGUCGCAGUGUUGUUCCCCCGGGAUGGAACUGACGAGAAAGCACUUAGCGGUCUCACAAGCUACAGACUGCUGUCCUUCUAACAAGAGCAGGACAAGUGACCCGAGUCACAGUGCUUCCUGGGUCUUUCUGUCAUUUUACUGCCGCAGAACAGUGUCUCGGUGUGUCCGGGCGCUACGCAAUCAUGACCGACUGGUGACGUUGACCAAAUGUUGGCAGUACUGUAAGUCACUCAUCGGCGUAAGUUUAGCCAUGAGGGGGAAAUUUAAGAUGGUCGAAAUAUUUUUAUACAACGUGCAAAAUCAUCCUAGCAAAUGAGUUUUUCUACUGUCACCUAGAAAAAUGUAAACAUAUUUUCAUCAACGCCUUACAAUAAGAAUUUGUAAGUAAGAAUGUCUUUUUUAAAAGGAAAAAAAAACAUCUUGUAGGAUUUGCAUCACCCUACUUUCACAGCACUCAGAAGCCCAUUUAGAAGGAUUGUCAACGUUGCACUUUUGAUAUCAUGCAUCGAAGCGUUUUUUUCCAGCGCGCAGGUUAUCAACUGAGGAGAUAUUUUUCUAUUCGAAGCAUCUUUUUUAUAUAAUUUCAUACGGAGAAUUGUGUUUUGUUUGUUUUCCGAUGUAAAGGAAAAAAAAAAAAGAACCAAACUCUUUUGCAUUGGUGUGCAAUGUCGUUAAAAGCAAUACCAACACUACUGUUGGAGUCUGUGACAUCCAUUCCAGCGUCUCAUGCAGCGAGCCUUGGGGUCCACAGAAAAAAAGAAAAAAAAAAGAAAAAACAGGUGGCCAAAGACAAAGUUGAACCUUUCAACGACGUAAGGCUGAAGUUAAUGUGCAGUAUUAGUCGUGUUGGAUUGUUUGUGUCACCUCAGAGCCCUUAUAGCCUUUUUUUCUAUGUUACGGCAGCUUCGUGCGCGGUAGACGGCACAGACCAAAAUCAGAUGCAUCGAUGUUUCAUUGUUUUAUUAUGGAAAGCAUUAUGAAAUUGGGUUGAAGUCUCAUCUUUUGUUGUAUGAAUCUAGUCCCCUCUUGCCUUUACUUUGCUUCCCACACAACUAUAGGAAUGGGUCAUUUAAAGGGAGAUUCUGGUAUUUAUUUUUAAACCUGGGCUCCUGUGUCUACAUGUUUUGGUGUGUGAAUGAUUCAUACCUGGCUAAAAGUUAGAUUCAGUCCGGUAGAUCACCUCAGCUGCAGUGUAACCCCUCAGGGUGACUGCGACCUUCAAGUUACGUCCAUUAUAUGGAGUUUGUUUGAGGUUUCUGGCAACAAAACCAGUCUUAUUAUUUAAAAAACAGGUCUGCCUCAUCGGAAUUUUGUUUCGUAAUGCUUUCAGAUACCCUCAGCAUUACAGUGGCAUAACAAGCACGUGUAGUGGACGCAACUUUGACGGUCUGAGCUGCCCCAAAGGAUCACAACGCAGCUGAGACGAUCUACUGCACCGACUCCAAAACUUGUGUUUAGUAUGAAUCAUUUACACACCAACUCUUGUGAAUAUAGAGGCACAGGUUUACAAUAACUGGAAUUCCCAUUUAAUGACCGCUUGACUGCGAAUGUCAUGAGAGAAAAUAUUACAAGUCGCCAAAAAAAAGGGGGGGGGGGUCAAGUUGGAAAAAGACGGAGCUGGACGCUGAGUUCUCUAAAGCGAUGAGACGAAACCUAAACCGGGGAGAUUGACGUUGAGGUGUGGUGGCUAGCGGUGAUGCAGUGGGCACUUAAGGAAUGAUCAAAUCUUCUUUUUUUGACCCUUGUCAGUGCCUUAUCUGAAUCUGCUUGUAAACACAAAAUGUUCACUGCCAAAGCGGGAAAAAAAAGCUUCUUAACAAAGGUGAGCAGCCGUUCAGUAGAGAGCACACAACAGGAUUUGCUGAAGUUCUUUUAUAUGGAAAAAAAAAAAACAAUAAAAGAUUAAGCUGUAAAUACAUAUUGUUCUGCACUUUUUGUAUGAAAUUUCUUUUUCAUUAUAUACAAAUCUAUUUGAUGAAAUAGCUACGUUAUACAGUAGACUGUACUGUGAUUUUAGACAGCAGUAUGUAUGAUUGUCUCUUUGAGAGCUGGCAGGCAGCAUGAAAAGGCUGGGAGGCUUUCGAUUGGGACAGAGUCUGUUUUGUCUUAAUGACAAAGCCUUGAAACAUGAAAUGUAUCGAGUCGUUGAUCUUUUGUACAUUUAACUUAAUAAAUCCAAGGUCUAAGACUA